CAAGACGCAGCGAGCCGGCCACAGUUGAAGAGGCGGCCCGUCGAGCCAGAGCGAAGCAGGACGAAGAGGAGCUAGAGAUCCAAGAGGCGCUCGAGCCCGAGUUUCGGCAGCUCGAGUUCGCCCCCCAAGGCCGACGCCAGUCUUACUCGGCGGACCAGGAGCCCGCCCCGAGUCUCGGCCGCGCUUCGUCCGGCACGUUGCCGGCGCAGACUGGAGCCGGGAACGGAACGGUGCGAGACCGCACCGACCCGCCCCCUUCCCACAACUAGCCCAGUCGCUCGACGACUGGGAUUCGCCGAUCGCCAUGGCCAGCAACAGCUUGCAAGUCCGGAACCCGGACUUCUCCAGUACUAAACAGAAGGCGAUCGAAGAUGCGAAAAAGAUGCAGGCCCUUGUCGAAGAAGAGUGUAACAAGGCUGGAAAGGAAGUUCCCCCUUACCAGCUGCAGGAGUUGAUUGGCAAAGGGAACUACGGCCGCGUCUACAAGGCCACCGACCUCAAAUCGAAAUCCGUUGUCGCCGUCAAAAUCAUCAACAUCGAAGAAGGCGACACGCUGAACCCCAAACUUGCCGACACGUACAGCGAGUUCAUGAAAGAGUUCUCCACUCUCAAGAUGCUCAGCGAGAGCGGGGCCAAGAACAUCAACCUCACCCUUGACGUGCUCCCGGUCGGCCAGGCCAUGUGGAUGGCCACCGAGUACUGCGCCGGGGGAAGCGUCGCGACGCUGAUGCGGCCCACCGGGGGGCUGCAAGAGAAAUGGAUCAUCCCCAUCGUGCGCGAGGUGGCCGAGGCCAUCUACUGGGUCCACAAGCAAGGCAUCAUCCACCGCGACAUCAAGUGUGCCAACGUCCUCGUCACCGAAGCGGGCGCCGUCCAGCUGUGCGACUUUGGCGUGGCCGGCAUCAUCGAGUCCAAGCUGGACAAGCGCACCACCUUUAUCGGCACGCUCAACUGGAUGGCCCCGGAACUGUUCGACCCCGUCCCUUCCUACAGCACGCCCGUCGACAUCUGGGCCUUUGGCUCUCUGGUCUACGAGAUCGCCUCCGGCAUGCCUCCGCUCGCCGGCUUCGGCAUGGCCGAGCUCGGCCAGUACCUCAAGCACCACACCCCGCGCCUGGAGGGCGAUUCCUACUCGGACCAGAUCAAGGAUCUCGUGGCCUUCUGUCUCGUCGAGGAUCCGACGAAGCGGCCAACCAUCCAGGAGAUCCAACGGCAUCCGUACAUCUUCAACACGAGCGAGGCGUAUCCCACGUCCUCUCUCGCCAACCUCGUCAAGGCGUACAAGCUCUGGGAGGCGCAGGGCGGCAUGAGAAGGUCUCUAUUUACCCCGGUCGGCGCGCAGGGGCCGGUCGAAUAUCCCUCCACGGCGGCCGACGGCGACGAGUGGAACUUCAGCACGACCGCCGACUUCGACCGGCAGGUCAUGAACGCGGAUGCCCAAGCCGUUUACGACGUCUACGGAUCCAAGGUCGACUUUGAUUUUAACGAACAGACCUCCCGUCCUGCGAAGCCCAAGCAGCGACGGCGUCUCCCUCCCCAGCUUCAGCCGGUAAAGGCGCCGCUUGAGAAGGUAUUCGACCCCAAUACGAUCUCGAACUACGAGGAAAACUCCCGCGCGUACUACGGCAAAGCACCACCGCCGCCCAUGUCGACUACGUCGGAUCUUCCUCUCCGAGACGACUCGCUGCACUCGACCCUUCGCGAGUCGCUCAUCGACUUGGACGCGUCCCUCCACGACGGAGGCGAGCUCUCUCAGUUCGUCGACAUGGAGACCAUCAGGGCGGGCAUGCGGGUACCGAGCGACUCGGAGCUCGACGAGGUCACCGACUUUAACAAGCCGCCCCUGAGCGAUCCGGCCGACUUGAAUCCCAACAGGCGCACGCAGGACUGGAAGUUCCCCACCAUGGUUCCGCCAGCAUCGGCCAACCCCGAGAUGUCGCGGUUUCCCUUCAACGAGGAGCGGUCCGAGUUCAACACGCGACCUCCCCUCAUCCACCAUCCGACGGACUCGAUGGGCUUUCUCGCAGAGCCCUACGACAUCGUGCCGCCGGCCCCGUCGCAAGACAAUCGUGCUUCCGUCGGAAGCCUCAUCGAUCUGGAUGAAGGUCUCGUCAUGCCAGAACUCACUCGGCCUUCCACGGCCAACUCGGACGUCGCCUCGAUGGCGGGAUCGGACAUGGGCGGCGCGAACCCGUUCGACCUGGAGCGCCAUGCCUCCCUAUAUCAGCCGCAACAACUUGGGAUCCGCGAGCCGUCCAUCUACAUUUCGGACGACAGCGACUUUGCCCGCUUGGACAAGGGUGCCGGCGGCGCGGAAGACGCCGCCCCGCCCGCGGCCCCGGAUUUUGUCGGGCCCAGCAACGGCCCCAGCGGCUCGCGGUCUACCACCCACUCGCGCUCCACCAGCUACGACGAAGACAGCUACUCGGUGAACGACUACGACUCCGAGUACCUGACCAUGGGCGGCAUCCUGUCCACGCCGAUGAGCAUCACCGAACGGCGCAGCCGGGCGCGGAACCGGGCGCGGUCGCAAUCGGGGGCGAGCGCCAGCAGCGCACAGCUACAGCAGAUGCAGCAUCCGAGGAUCGCGGCGAUGAACGGGGCCGGUGGCGGCGGCGGCGGCGGCGGCGGCAUGGAGAGUGCGGACGCGACGAUCGGAGGUGUCCCGGCGCCGCCGUCAGCCAAGGUCAUGCUGGGCGCGGCCGGCCGCGAGCAGGUGCGCGAGGAGGUGAUGCGCCUGCUGGCGAGCUUCUCAGAGCAGCUCGGCGCGGCGAAUGCCUACGUCUCGGCGUUGCCGGUGAGGACGGCACGGAGGGGCAGCGAGGCGUAUGCGGCUUGAGAUGGAACAUAGAUGGCGUUGCGGGGGGCAGGAAGUCGGACGGGGAUUUGCGUCUUUACGCUUUGCGGUCGCGUUUCUUUGCGGAAUCACCUGGCGUUUCUUUUCUCAUUCAUGUAGAGUAUAACGGAGGGGACAUGGCACAUGGCAUAUGGCAUGGCGGGCGUCAGGUUGGGAUGAUGGGGAGGCAUCGGGUAUCUCGAUGGCCAGUGAACCCGAGUGCUUUGCAAAGAAAUGAAAUUUAUCCUUGAGUUCCCAAUAGUCUGGUAGUUCUGGCGUGGUCUAAUAUGGUCGGUUGUGACAAGAGCCGUGAGUGUUGUUGAUGGUUGGGCAAUGAGUCGCCAGUUUUCGACCGAGGCUCCA